AAUUCCCGUUAACAUUUCGCUUUGUUGUUUUAACGAAGAAAUCGCAGAAAUACAAAGAAUUUAAAACAUUUUCCUUCGGAAAUUCUCACUACAGUACGUCAAAUAAAUGUGUUCAUAAUUUUCGUUUCCUCACUGUUAACAUACACUGUCUCGUGUAUGUUUUUGAUUUAAGAAGCAAUUAACAAACUGCUUUUUGAGUAAGAAUGUCGACGCGAAAACGUAGCAAGAGUAGAGAGAGAAGAGAGGAUUCCAAAUCUUCGAAAUUGAGAAUGGAUAGUAAGGCUCCUAUCCCUCGAAUAACUGAUCCCAGUUUACCGGCAGGAAGAAGACGCGAAAUUGAUACAGUUAUGAAAAAAGCACGUGCUUCUGCACACGCCAACGAAUAUUGGGAUAAAAAAAUCCUAGAAGUUGAAGCGAAAGAUCCAAAUCGUUGGCGGCACAGCGGUUACAAGUCGCUUUACUUGGAUGGCUCAUCGUCGCCAUCUCCGAGUCGUCGUAGUCGUUCGCGAUCGCCUGUUGGCCGCAGAUCUCCGCGAUCUCCGCCCUCUCGUCGAUCUCCUAUCGGACGUAGAUCGCCGCGUUCCCCGCCGUUACGGCGGUCCCCCGUGGGACGGCGAUCGCCUAGAUCACCACCAUCACGGCGGUCGCCACCUGUCACUCGUAGGUCGCCACUACCUCCGGCGCGAUCUGGUAAAUCUGUGCGACCGCGUUCCCCGCGAUCGCCGCCGAUUCAUAAAGGACGAAGGUCACCUUCUGGCAGUUCUGUGAGUAGCUGCUCGGAUGACUCGUGUUCGGUUUGUUCGCCAAAAAAUAAUCGACGUGCCAGGUCUAGGUCUCGUUCGUUAUCGGUAUCGCGAUCGCGAAAACCGCACGUGAAACACGGUUCCCCCAAAAUUCGUGCGCGUCCUCGUCCUCCGUCGCCGUCACCGAUUCCGCGUCGCGUUCCGAGACCAAUGACACCACCUCCAGUCAGACGACCAGUGAAAGGACUGAUUUCCGAUAAGCCCACGGAUCCACGCCGUCAACCGCCACCCCCCAGGCCACGUAAUCCAUCUGGCAAGGUUAUCAAUCUAGGCAGUAUCGCACCGCCCGCAGCAGUGAAGAAGACCAUCCGUAAAAAGGAAAAAUUUACAGAACCCGUAUUACUGACACGGAUCAAAAAGGAACGCACAAAGAAACGUCCCGGAUCUCCGGAUUCAUCUGGAUCAGAAGAUAGUUCCACAUCCUCCUUAUCGCCCAUUGUGGCAACUACUCGUUUGUCUCUUUCAGAGCGUUUUGGUAAGAUGGCGCAAUGGAGUAUCGAUAGAGAACGCAGAGACAUCGAAAAUAUGCGUAUAACGAAGAAUUCUAGUGGAGGCGACUUGAAAGUCAUGAUUGAGGAAGACGAUUUUCUAUAUGGUAGUCCUCCUCGUCGUUACAGUCACUCGCCCGUUCCACCAGGACAUUAUCCCGAUGAACUUUUAUCUGCUGGUCCGUCAGGUUUGGCAUCGUGGGACGAUGUUCGUGUUCGUUAUCAGUACUACAAAGAUUUAGGGUACUUAAGAGAUCUAUCGUUGGAUGACUACGUGAAAUGGGAGGAAUGGUGGUACAAAUACCAAGAUUGGUUAGCAAACGAAAGGCACUAUGAACAUUGGUUGUCGACGCAAAGAAGAGGGAAGAAAAGACUGCCAGCAUCGCAACGUUUAAAUUAAGAAUGUAAGCUAGAUAUAUGUAUAUGUACGAAAUUAUGGAUUAUUAUCAUACUGAUGAUAUAAAGAGUUUAUUAUAUCUCGAUGUAACAGAUGAUUAUAAUUUCGUUAUUUAUAAUUUUUUUAAAUAUUUUUUAACUAACGUUAACACAUUUUUAUUUUUAAUGUAUCCUAUGUUGCAUGAAGCUGUAUAGAUACGAUAUGAAGUAUUCUAAUUGUUCUCAUUAAUGUAAUUAGUACUGCAGUUAAGGGUAGCUACGUUCUGCAAGCUUAUUGAUGAUUUUUUUGAAAUCCCGUUUUUAUUGAGUACAGCUUUUGAAUGUAUUCUAUUUAUUCAAUAAAUAUUAAGUUAUGACGUUAA